GCACACACACACAUUCACUUGGGCUCGGCGGCAAAUGUCAUAACAAACCGGCACGAUCGUCGAAAGGAAAAUCUUUCCCGAAAUGCUGCAUAACGUGAAAUUAAUACCCACGCUGGCCGUGGCCAGACGUUCCCUUCAUACGACGGCACUCGCGGCCAAAUCGCAAUCCGGUCGGUACAAAAUCUCCCCCAAAGGUGACCGUCCGCUUACGUACGAGAUGGCCAAUGCUCCGCACCAGAUCGCCCACCGGAAGGCCUGGAAUUCGUGGAAUACUUCAAAUCUCGAGGGAGAACUGCGACCAUCACAGACCAUGCUGGAGGACGAUUUCGUGCGGAGGUUUAUGGCGGGCACCUGGCACGGUAUGGUCCUUUCGGAGGUGAUCAUCAAGCGACAGCACAAUCAUGUGCGAAUAGCGGCGAUCAUACUGCGCUCCAUUCCCGCCCGAAAGAUGUACUUCCUCAUCGGAUACUGCGAGGAGCUGCUCUCCUACUGGUUACAGUGUCCGGUAACGCUCGAGCUGCAGACGACGGAUGAUAGGAAGGAUGUUGUAUUCAAAUACAUCUAAAGAGCACGUGACAUGGUGCCCGGUUGUUAUGCAUAGGUUGUAUCUAAGUUAUUUUAGAUACCUAGAAUAGAGGAAAAAGGAAAACGC